AUGACAUCACAAGGAACACUCUUAGAAAACUAUUCCACCAAAGAUAACGAUUCACUAAGGAGUAAGAUGUUAUCAAUUGCAUCGUUAAUGAGCGGCAAUAGUUCCACCAAUUCAAUUUCUAGUAAAGAGAAGGAACGAUUUGGCUUAAGAAAGUUGGCCAGGUCAUAUUUAAAGGCCAGCAAUAGGACUGAAAAGACAGUGAACAAGGCGGAAAACCAGGAUAAUAAUGAAGUACCGGUAGUUCCUUAUACAAAGAAGAUGUUAAUAGGAAAGAUUCACACAAAAAGCGGAACAAAAAUAUAUCUUGACACCAAUAAAUCAAGGGAAUCUCUUCUGAUCAGAAAGCACCAUUCUCAUGAAAUUUCUGAUGAAGAUGAAUCAAGCGUUCCACAAUUAAAAUAUGACGGUGAUUAUGAUCCUGUCCUAGGAAAACUUCUGAUUAAUUCCUCUUCCGAAGAUGAAGAUUCCGAAUGGUUGGAAUCUGGACUCCAGGAUAGAAAUUUAGUUGUGAUACGUGACUUUCCAAACGGCACCGGUUUAAAGAGUGUGUUGAAUCAAGUUCAAGGUGGUCCACUUAAGCACAUUGCGCCUCAGUACAGAAAGGAGAGUAAUCAACUAAAGUCCGUUGAGCUCGAGUUUCUUAGUCCAGAAGAUGCUCAACACUUCAUGGAAUAUGGACGACAUGCGGUCUUCCAAAUCAACGGUGUUCAUUUACGGCCAAAAUGGGGCAUCCAAUCGUUGAGUGAAAACUUUGAAGCCUCGCUUAAUACACAUAAAGACAGCCUUAACGUUUACACACCUUCUAGCCGCUGUUUAUUGUUGAAGAAACAAGGCAGCAGGAACCCAAAGCAUUCCACUUGUCAUUACCCAUCACCCAGAUCACAUAUUUGUGAUUUGAAUAUCCAAGAUUUGAAAAACGACUUUGGUCAGUUUGGGGACAUUUUAGAUAUUUCGCCGAUGAUUUCAAGAAAGCUAUGUGUUCAAAUUAACUUUUUUGAUAUUAAGACUGCAGUUGAUGCGUUGCAAGCAUAUAAGAAUAUUAAUUCGCCGUUGAAUCGUAAAUAUGCUGAUACAUGGACUAUUGGAUAUGGCAAAGAUAUCACAGAUAAACCUUGUGUUCAUGUAUAA